AUGUCAACGGCCGUCAUUGUGAGUCGUCCUACCUCGCAGACAUCUUCAUAUUGUGGUCCUUCUCAUCCAAACAGAUGCUCUUUGUCAUCAUCCAAUUCUGAAUCCGUUCAUUUGAAGCCCAACACAGAGAAAGAGAAGCAGAGCGAUGUGAGUGAACUAUGUAUGUCAUCGCUUCUUAAAGUUAAGAGAAAUAUUUGAUAUUUUUACCUCUUUUUCAUUUUGACUUUGGUCUCAUCAUGAUCACGCAUUGAUUCUUCAAACUUCAUUUAGUCGCUGUCGAUCAGCUUACUAAUCUAUAAACUUUUGAAGCAGGGACAGAAUGAUUGAAACGAAAAUAGCUUUGACACUUAAUACUUUCAGUUUGACGAACUCGAGUUACGCAUCGAAAACUCUCUUCGCGAGCGAGAUGACCAGUGGAGAAAACACGAGAAGGCUCAAAUUCAGUUUCUGCAAACGGAAACCUCGAAUAUGCUGAAAUCACUGCAUAAUGAGAUCAACAGACUUUCUAAUGAGCUACGCGAGGAGAAAAGAAAAGCAGCAAGCGGUUAUUCUGAAGAGUCGGCCAAAAAAAUUGAAGAACUGGAGAGAAUGAUAAGUGAAAAGGACGUUUAUACGAAGGGAUUAGAAAAGAAGGUCACGACGACAAUUCAGAAGUUACAGGAGCAGAUUACGAUACAGGUAACCCUUAGGAAACAGGAACAAUAAAACACGUUUUGAAUUUUAGAGUGAUAGAAUCCGCCAGUUGAACGAGGAGCUGAACGACAGAAAUCAGACGGUGACCCAUUUGAGCCAACAAUUGCGUGCCAUCAAACUUCGAGAAGCCAUGGCCACUUCCACACACCGACGCCGUGCUUCUCAACAGAAUUCCUCGCCAGUCACUUCUCCAUCCAGUCCUCACAGAAUCUUCCCUCCGGUCUCAAGUGGUCUUCUCUCAGCAUCUGUAGCUGUCACUUAUCCAGGUGGAAAUCGUCUCAGCGUCCAGAGACGAUCCAACUCCGCAAUGCGUUCACCGACUAUGCCUAAUUGA